AUACAUUCCUCCCUUGUUGUGGGGCAAGAACGGACACCUCCAGACGGCCCUGUACGGCAAGAUGGGGCGCGUCAACACGCCGACGCUCUCCGGGACCCGCAAGUUCCUGCUGAUGCCGGACGGGGCCACGGCGACCUUUGACCUCUUUGAAGCUCUCGGAGAUCACAGCACGGGAGAUGACGUUACCAUGGUAAUCUGCCCUGGGAUCGGUAACCAUAGCGAGAAGAACUACAUCCGUACCUUCGUGGAUCACUCCCAGCGGCGCGGUUACCGCUGCGCCGUGCUCAACCACCUGGGAGCCCUGCCCAACGUGGAGCUCACCUCGCCGCGCAUGUUCACCUACGGUUGCACCUGGGAGUACGCCGCCAUGGUGGCCCACGUGAAGCGGGCUUUCCCCCAGACGCUGCUGGUGGCCGUGGGCUUCAGCCUGGGGGGCAACAUCGUCUGCAAGUUCUUGGGCGAGAGCCCGUCCAACCAGGACCGGGUGCUCUGCUGCGUCACCGUCUGCCAGGGCUACAACGCCCACAGAGUCCAGGAGACGUUCUUCCAGUGGGAUCGCUGCAGGAGACUCUACAACUUUGUGCUGGCGGCCCGAAUGAAGAAGCUCAUCCUGUCACACAGGAGCAGCCUGCUGGGCUUGACCUCCAGCAACAUCGGUGAGCUGGAGCUGAGCCGGCUGCACGCCGCCACGUCUCUGAUGCAGAUCGACGACAGCAUCAUGAGGAAAUUCCACGGCUACAGCUCCUUGAAGGAGUACUACGAGAAGGAGAGCUGCAUGAACUACAUCCACAAUGUUGCCGUGCCGAUGUUCCUCAUCAACUCGUUAGACGACCCGCUCAUCCAUCAGUCACUCCUGGAAAUACCACGCGCACUCGCAGAGACGAUGCCCAACGUGACCUUCGCCCUGACCCAGCACGGGGGCCACCUGGGCUUCUUCGAGGGCGCCAUGCUGUUCCCGCAGCCGCUCACCUGGAUGGACAAGGUGGUCGUCCAGUACGCCGACGCCAUCUGCCACUGGGACAAGAUCCGGCCGGCGUGCCAGAGGAGCGGCGGCCGGCAGGACGUGAGCGCCUGCCUGAAGAGAACGCGGGGAACCGACCGGAGUCUGGAGACCGAACGAUAGACCCCCAAAACUACAACUCCUCCGCCAUCUUUGCUCCACGUCGUCGGGGACCCAGCGGCCUCGAGAGGGGUCGGCGCGUAGUUCUGGGAAAUGUAGGAAGUCUCCGAAAUGGAUGAGGCGAAAGUUCAAGUGUGUGUGUGGGGGGGGGGGGGGGGCGUUAAAUUAUGUACGUGGGCGCGUGGAAGGGGCCGGAAAAUGUAACGCGACCCUCGUGUUGAAUCGGUCCUUUCCUCUUGUUCCUCCCAGUGUAACACCAGUUCACCCUCUGCUGGAAAGCAGGGUGAUAUAAUUAGUGGUGGGGGGGGGGGUUGACCUCUGACCUCUGACCUCUGACCUGUGUGUAGUAAGAAGAGAAAAGGUGUGUUUCUCGACGUGAAUAAAUCCAAUAUUCAUACGAACGACGCACAACAAAAAGUGUAACGCCUUAAAAACCUUUAAUUGUAAAAUACAGCCGAAGACCCGUCGGUUAUGAGGCAUAUUUUUUAUUAUUACACCUAUUUAACCAGAUAUUACAAGUGCCUCUAAUACAAAUGUGCAAUCUGCAGCAACGUGUGGCUGCUCAUGAAUCACUGAGCUCUCUGACUUUAUGGUUCACCGUUAUGACCCCCAGCUGUUGCGCAACAAAUUAACAGGUUUGUCGUGUUUUUUAUUGCAGGAAAUGACAACCCCCCCCCCCCCGCGUUCGAUUUAUAUAUUAUUGAGGCAUACUUUUUUGAGCAUUUCCAUUGUGGUCAGGGACCAUGAGACGUUAUUAUUGUUGCCGUGGACCUUCUGGAAGAAAGACAAAACAAAAAGGACCAAACUGUUUACAACUAAAAAGGAGAGGAGAGGAGAGGAAGAUGGGACUCAACCAGUCGGCGUAUCGGAUCAUAAAUCCAGCCGUGGACUCUUAAUUGAUGCACUUACUCAGAAGCAAAUGGACCAAAGCACGCUUCACUUUUCAAUAUGAAAGUAACGUUCGACUUUUAAAAAAAUAGUUGUUGCUGCAUUGUUGAUCCUCAGAAGAAACACGACGGAAGUCUCACAUCUUUGAACACGGGAGAAUUUUUUUUGGGUGGGUUGUUUUUAAAGCUGCCGGGCGGAGUUUGUCACAUAAAAAUAUUUGCGGAAAAAACAACUUAAAUACGGUGAAGAGAGGAUGGGGGAAAAAACACUCACAAAACGUACCUCUUUGUGUCUCACGAUACGGUUAAUUAUUCUUCCUCUAAGAGCCGCGGUGACUGUUUUUUAUCUGAAGAAAUGACUCGUCGUUUAUUCCUGUGGAUGUUUGAUGUGUGAGACAACUUCCUGUGAGCAAACAUCCUGCAGUCGGGCUCACUCCACCCAAGUGCGUGCGAGCUUUAAUAUUAAUAUUAUCGUUAUCAGAUUUAACACCACUUUGAUUCUCUCUCUGUUUUUUAAGGCUGAUUUCUAACCUGCAGCAGCGUUGAGUGUCCGGACUGAAGCGGGCAGCGUUGCUUAGCACUUUACUGUCUUUUACUGUGUUUGUUCUUUAUCAGCGUAUUGGGUGUAACCUUUUUGUAAUCUAAUGGCGGUGCACAGUCGUGACUGAUUAGUCACAUUUUGCCCCAUAAUAAAAAUAUUUUUCACAUUCGA